AUGGCUUCCUGCCCCUUCUGGAGCAUCGUCCAUGACGAGGUCUGGCUGAACGCCUCCAAGGUUUUGGUGUUGGUGUUUUUUUUGUUUUCUCUCCUGGUGAACAUCUACCUGCUGUCGGGACUAGAGAACUCGGACUCGCUGUCCUGGCAGCCACGGUACAUGCUCCUGAAGAACCUCGUAGUGAGUGAUCUGCUGCAGUCUCUGACAAUGGGUCCACCUGUGCUGCACUGCCUGUUCCGUCACCAAACCCUGCGCUUCGGUGGCUGGUGCUUGGCGCAGUUCUUCAGCGGCGCAGUCGCCAUCGUCACCUCACUGCUGACGGUGGUUUCUAUGGCGCUGGAGCGAUACGUGUACACCUGCCACGGUAUCCGCUACCUGGUCGUUAUGACAAAUGGGAGGAUGUACAUUUUUCUGACCCUCAUCUGGCUAAUCGGGUUGGCAGCGGCCGGUACAUCCACCAUGCUACUGCUGAUGGGAAGCGACGGAUUUGGUCACAUAAUCUCGGGGUUCGUGUGUGAGCCGGAGGUCGUCCAAGCCCAGAUGAAGGACUCGCUGCCUUUUGAGACUUUUAACAAAGUUUUCGUGGGAUCCCUGCUUUCCUUCUGUCUCCUAGUGUUCCUGUUCUCCUACGGCCGCAUGUAUCAGGAGGCCCGGCAAGUCCUGCAGCCCUUCGAACAGGACAACAUCCGGGCCUGCCGCACCGUCCUGUUCUACCUGGGCAUCUUUCUCCUGCAGCUGGUUCCCAGUGCGAUUAGGUUAAUCACCAUGUUUGUCAGGGAUGUGGACUGCCACCUGCUGGUGGCAGUGUUAGUGCUGAUACCCCCCUGUAUCAACCCUCUGGCUUAUGGCCUCAGAAACGCUGAGGUGCGCCAGGCACUGGAUCAUCUUUGGGGAUUACGGAAACUGCCGUUUUGUCAAUGA